AUGCCCCUGACGCCGCCUGUCGCCGCCCCGCCGCGCCUCCGACCUCCUUCGCGACGCCACCUCGCCGACGCCGCCCCUCCAGGCCUCCUUCCUCUCCCUCCUGCACCGCGUCAUCUUCCCCCCGAGCUCCACGCGCGCUCCAUCCAUGGCCGCCCCAACCUCUCGCCGCACGUUGUCGUCGUCGGUCUACUCGCCUUCGGCCACCUCUCCGACCCGCCGGCCUCCCCGAGUGCUUCCCUGACUCCUCCCCGAGCACGCCUCGCUCAACUACAGGGCGCUGUGAGCCCCUCUUCCCUUCCCCUCUUCCUCCCUGGCGGAUCCUCCACCGUGCCCACACGCGUGUGCUCGUCCUCUCCAGUACCUUGCCGCACCCCCUGCGUUGCCCGCGCCCACACGCGCCCAUCCGCGCCCACCACGGCCAUCGCGCACACUCGCCGCCGCCCGUGCUGCUCCGCUCCCCGCCUCGCUGCACUGGCCGCGCCCCAGGCGCGCCCCGACUCCGGCCUCCCGCAGCUCUCUCCAGCACAGACCCCCGCUCGCGCGACCGCGCCCUUGCGUCGUCCAGCUGCCGCCCUUGCUCCCCGUGCCGAACCCCAUCGCCGCGCGCCGCAGCCCCUGCUGCAUCCGCGCCGCGCCCGCCGCCUGCUGUGCGCGCCCGCACGCAACCCCUCUGCGCCGAGCUUGGUCGCCACGCUCUCACCCCCGUUGACCCGCUCCGGUCGGUUGCGGCUACCCUGCCGUGGCCGCCAACCAGCCCGUGCGCGCCCGGGUCCAGGCGACCCGGCGCCCGUGCGCGUAACUGCCAUCACCCGUGCCCGCUAUGGCCUUUGGCCCUAUGACGAAUGGGGCCCACGCCCCUGA